AUGGCUGAAGGACAAACGUUUGACAAGUCUGAUAAUAUGAAUUAUGCAUCACAAGAUUAUUCAACAUCAAUUGAAUACUUUGAUAAGCGUUUAACUAUUGCUAAAGAAUGUCAAGAUCAAAUCGGUCAACGACGUGCACAUGCUAGCCUUGGAGAUAUUUAUUUACAUCUAGAAGAUUUUGAUAAAGCACUUGAUCAUUAUAGAGAAGCAUUGACUAUAGAUGAAAUAAAGGUUGAUGAUUUAUUUAUUGCACAAAUUAGUUUUAUAAUUGGUUGUAUUUAUAAUAUUAAACAAGAAUAUAAAUCUGCUAUAUAUUUUCAUGAAAAACAUUUAAAUUUAGCACAACAAUAUCAAGAUUCUAAUGGUCAAUGUCAAGCAUAUUUUAUCUUAAGUCAAUUAUAUGAUAAUACUAAUCAAUUUACGAAAGGAAAAAAAUAUCGUAGUCUUCAUACAGCACUUGAACGAGAAAUUAAAGAAUCAAAUGAAAUAAAAGCUACUACAAAACCUAAUUUAAAUAAAAAUCUUCGUACUGAAUCAAUUAGUCUCAGUAUAUUUGAUUCGCAAAUUCCACUUUCAAUACGUUCAAAUUCAGCUGUUCCUGAUAGUUUUCCAGAUGAUAAAUCCAUAGCGAAUACUAAUAAAAAAGUGAAAACAGGUAGUUUUAUACAAAAUCUUUCAAAAAAAUCAUCAUUAUCAUUAAGAAAACAAUCAUCACCAACUGAUACUGACGAUCUUGCUAAUCUUGUUGAUCGUAUGCAAAAAUCACGUUUUGAUGAUCAACGUUGUGAAAUAAAAAAGUCUAAUACUAAGAAACCCGAUUUACCCGGACAACGAAAUAGUACUCAACUUGAUGAUAUAUUAAAUACAAUUGAUCGUCUACAACAAUUUCGUCUAGAUGAUCAACGAACAACUUUUCCUAGUUCAACAAAUCAUAAUAAUGGUAGUAGAACAAGUCAACAACUUUCAGUAGUCAAUGAAAAAUUUCUUGAUCUACUUGCUAAAUCUCAAAAUUCUCGUAUGAAUGAUCAACGUGCUGUACUUGCACCACUAUCAUCAUCAUCACCACCAAUACAGCCUAUGUCAACACCAGUAGUUAUUACAACAAAUACUUGUUUACAUGAAUCAAAAACAUUACCUGACGAAGAAAUGUUAUUUCUUCUUAAUCGUCUACAAUCACGUUAUACUAAUAAACAAUAUCUAUCUUCAUCGGCAUCAUUACGAACCCGUAUGAAAUCAUAG